AAAAACGCAAUCCAUUAAUUAAUGUCUUAUCCUGUGUAUGGUUCCGAACUGAAAUCAACUAUCAAGAAUCAAUCACACCUGGUCAUAAUGCUCAUCAUCAUCACCAUCACCAUCAUGAAUCUUUCUGCAACUUAGGGCUCCAAUCUCUCUCUACGUUUUCUCUCUCAUGGCUUCUCACUCAUCCCCUUCACAGGAUGGAGGGGGCUCCUGUAUCUCCAAUGGCGAGACCACCGUCUUUUCUGAUUACCUGCAGCAAACCACUCCUGACCUUGUUGCCCUAACUAAGCUCAGUGAAUGCCUCGACUCUCUCUUCCACUCUUCUGAUCUAGGGUUUUGUGCCGAUGCCCGAAUUAUUGCUGGGAAACGAGAGAUUCCAGUUCAUCGGUGCGUACUUGCCUGUCGUAGUCCCUUUCUUCAGAAAGCUUUUGCGGAGAAUUCAGGGAAGGAGAGGUUUGAGAUUGGUGAGUUGGCUAAGGAUUUUGAGGUUGGGCCUGAUGCUUUAAUGGUGGUGCUUGGUUAUAUUUACAGUGGAAAGGUGGGGGUGCUUCCUCAAGGAGUUUGUGUUUGUGCUGAUGAGGAAUGUUCUCACCAUGGUUGUAGGCCUGCUGUUGAUUUCGCAGUGGAAGUUUUGUAUGCUUCAUUCAUUUUUCAGAUCAAUGAGUUGGUUUCACUUUUCCAGCGACAUCUGCUUGAGAUUCUGGACAAGGUGGCAAUAGAUGAUAUAUUGGUAAUUCUAUCUGUUGCAACCAUUUGCGAUAAAGCAAGUGAGAGGUUGCUGCUCAAGUGCAAAGAAAUUGUGGUGAACUCUGACCUAGAUAUUACUUCUUUUGAGAAGGCAUUGCCCAUUGCUGUUGUUAAAGAAAUCACAGAUUUACGGAGUGCGCUGGGCCUUGUAGGGCCAGGAGGAGGUGAUGGAUUUCCGGAUAAACAUGUGAAAAGAAUACAUCGCGCCCUCGAUUCUGAUGAUGUUGAAUUAGUUAGGAUGUUACUUAAGGAGGAGCACUCUAAUCUCGAUGAUGCUUAUGCACUCCAUUAUGCAGUUGCAUAUUGUGAUUCAAAGACCACGAUAGAUCUUCUAGAUCUUGGACUGGCUGAUGUAAAUCAUAGGAACCAAAGAGGAUACACCGUCCUUCAUAUUGCUGCAAUGCGCAGAGAACCUAAAAUCAUUGUGUCUCUUCUAACAAAAGGAGCACGGCCAUCAGAUCUAACAUCUGAUGGAAGAAAAGCACUUCAUAUAUCAAAAAGGCUCACCAAGUUCAUCGAUUUUUCUAGGUCUACAGAAGAAGCAGAACCUACUCCUAAGGAAAGGUUAUGCAUUGAGAUAUUGGAGCAAGCAGAGAGGAGGGAUCCUUUACCUGGGGAAGCUUCUGUUUCUCUUGCUAUUGCUGGUGACGAUCUGCGUAGGAGCUUGAUAUACCUUGAAACUAGAGUUGGUCUGGCAAAGUUUCUGUACCCAAUGGAAGCACAAGUUGCAAUGGAGAUUGCACAGGUGGAGGGUACAUUGGAGUUACCUUUGGCUGCUAUCUCCAAGUUCACAUCAAGGGAGCAGAUGAUGACAGCUGUGGACUUGAAUGACUCUCCUUUCAAGAUCAAGGAUGAGUACCUAUCUAGAAUGAAAGCCCUCUCUAGAACAGUUGAGCUGGGUAAGCGCUUCUUUCCUCGUUGUUCAGCUGAGCUGAACAAGAUUAUGAAUGAUGCGGAUGUUUGGGAGCUUGCUUUCCUUGGGAAAGGUACAAGCGAGGAGCAGACUAAGAAGAGGAAGCGAUACGUAGAGGUCCAAGAGAUGCUCCGAAUGGCCUUCAACAAGGACAAGGAGGAAAAUAAAUCUGCCAUGUCUUCAUGCUCUUCAUCUUUGUCCAUUGAUGGAGGCAUGGUCUUCAACAUUGCCAAGCUAUGAUUGACUUUCUCUGGUCGUUUGAUACCCCUCCCCUUAUUAGUGGAGGUGCUGUAACAAAGAUUGUUGUACACUAGUGUGUGUGUGUGCACGUUUGGGCAUCUCCGUGUGUGCGCAUGAGAGAGAGAGAGAGAGAGAGAGAGAGAGAUGGUUUUGGGGGGGAGGGGGGGGAAGAGAAGUUGAGCUUCGGUACAAGAUUGGGUUUCGAGAAUUUUGUCAAGGUUAUCAUGGGAAAGCGAUGCACGGAGUACUAUUUUGUGUAGCUCGAAGGUGUGCUUUAAUGUACAACUUGCAACUGUGUAUGUUAACCUCAACCGAUGUAGGUUUUUAUUUUUUUAAUUUUUUUUUGUUUACUUGUAUUUUGUUAGUAGGAUCAGCCAGCAUGAGAGUUUAUGUACAUAUGUUGAGACUUUCUGCCUUUGUGAUAUAUAUAAUGUUAUUCAGGAUUGGUAUUCCAAUCUAA